AUGCCUCGACGUCAGAAGCAUAAGCUCCGAAAAACUCGUGACAAACACCACCAGGCCCGACGUGACAGCCAGGAUCACAAAGGUGCUAAGGCCACCACAGCAGUGAAAGAAGAGUCCCUCUCCUCCCCCUCUCCACUUUUUAGGGAUCCUCCCCAGAGUUCUUCUGCUGAUGAGUCACGUAGUACUCCCCAGCGGCCUCAGACAGCCCCCUCCACCAGCACUACUUCUGCAGACAUUUCUUGCACAAGAUCGGAUGAAGAUGCCAACAGCCAAGAGGAGGACAGUUCAAAUUUCUCCGACACUGAGGGCUCAUGCCCAGAUCCUCUAGCCAUUAAGGCAGAUUUAUUAGAGCAGUUCCUGAUGUACAAGUAUAAAAUGAAACAGCCCAUUAGAAAGGCAGACAUGCUGAAGAUUGUCAGCCAAAAGUACGAGGGCCAGUUCUCUGAGAUCCUCAAGAGAGCAUCUGAGCGCAUCGAGGUUGUGUUUGCAGUUGACGUGAAAGAAGUUGACUCUGCCACUGAGAGCUAUGCCCUUGUCAGCAAACUGCACCUCCCCAACAAAGGAAGGGUGCGUGCUGGUAGGGGGCUGCCCAAGACUGGUCUACUGAUGACUGUCCUGGGUGUGAUCUUAUGGAAGGGCAACUGUGCCACUGAGAAGGAGAUCUGGGAAUUCCUGAGUAUGAUGCGUGUAUUUGCUGGGAGGAAGCACUUCAUCUAUGGGGAGCCCAGGAAGCUCAUCACCAAAGAUUUGGUGAACUUGAAGUACUUGGAAUACCGGCAGGUGCCCAACAGUGAUCCUGCAUGCUAUGAAUUCCUGUGGGGUCCCAGAGCCCACGCUGAAACUUCCAAGAUUAAAAUCCUUGAGUUUUUAGCCAAGGUCAAUGAUGUUGUUCCCAGUACUCUCUGCUCCCUAUAUGAAGAGGCUAUGCGAGAAGAGAAAGGGAAAGCCCAAACCAGACUUACAGGCAAGGCUGGCUCUACCACCAUAGCCAGUGCAUUUCCCAGGGCCACGUGCAGCAGCUUCUCUCACCCACUAGUGAAGUCUGAGAUUUUCUUACCAUCCGGCUUAGAUAAUCUGACAUCAGAGUAG